AUGGGACAGUGCUAUAAGGAAAUAUCUGCGGCGGCGAGGAAGCGGAGAGAUGAUGCCCUUGCUGCGUUUUGGUCUAUCCCCGAUGUCAAGGAAGAUGAGCUGCCGCAAGACUUGCGAUCGUACCCUCAGACUUCAGGUCUUCUCACAGCCGAGGAGCUGGAGAUUAUCAAUUCCGAUGCCUCUGUGCUGUUAGAGAAGCUCAGGACAAGAAAGCUGUCUUCCGUCAUGAUAACCACAGCCUUUUGCAAGGCAACUGUCAUUGCACAGAAGCUGACCAACUGUGUCACUGAAGUUCUGUUCGACGAGGGAUUGAAGCGUGCAAAGGAGCUGGAUGAUCACCUCGAAAGGACAGGAAAGGUAGUCGGUCCUCUUCACGGCCUACCAGUCUCACUAAAGGACAACUUCAUGACGGUCCCUCAUCCGUCGUCUAUUGGAAUGGCGGCGUACACUAUCGAGCCUACAGUAAAAGACUCCGUGAUAGUGACAGGACUGCGGGACUUGGGUGCAGUCUUCUAUGUCAAGACUAAUGUGCCCACGGCGAUGUUGAUGGCAGAGACAGACAACAGAAUCUGGGGAAAGACCAGAAACCCCAUCCACAAGGGCUUGAGCCCCGGUGGCUCGUCAGGCGGAGAGGCAGCUCUCCUGGCCCUCAAAGCGGCGCCAUUGGGACUUGGGACAGAUAUCGGGGGUAGUAUUCGUGUUCCAGGUGCGUUCUGUCAUCUGUACGGAUUGAAGCCUUCUUUUGGCCGGUUCUCAACCCUGGGAGGACGAGCAGCCAUACAGGGACAGGAGUUUAUCCCGUCUGUGUGCGGCCCAAUGGCAACCUCACUUGAUACUGUCAAGCUGUUUUGCGAGACGAUCUUGUCCGAGCAGGCCGGGCAGUGGAACGCCGACCCCAAACUUCUCCCCAUCCCCUGGAGGAAGGAUGUCAUUCAGCCAAAGGGGCGGAAGCUGCGUAUUGGUAUACUAGGUAACAAUGACGGCGGUAUGACUUGCUACCCGCCCAUAGAGCGUGCCCUUAACAUCGUCAGCAAGGCACUGAAAGAAGCGGGUCAUGAUGUCUUUGAAUGGGCACCAACUGGCCACACUGAGGUUCUGCGUCUCGUCAUGGAAGGGUUCAAGGUAUUCGGAACAUCCGCCAUCCUCCCUCAACUAGAGAAGCACGGCGAGCCUCUCUUCAAGUGUAUGGAGAAGACCUUCUCAACGCUCAAAGAAGACCAGCUAGACGCUGUCAAGCUGAGUGAUAUGAUCAUCGAACGCAACGGCCUGCAACGAGCGUAUCUCGACAGGUGGAUGGCCACCAAGACGGACACUGCCGGCCCCAUGGACUGUAUCAUCGCCCCGGCCGCCGUUGCUCCCGCUGCUCGUCUGGGAUACGGCGAGACGGUUCAGUACUUCGGCUUCACUGCCUUUGGUAACCUGCUAGACAAGGCCGUCGACCUGAAACGAGACGCGAGCUGGAAGCCCUUGAACGAACACGACAAGAUCAUGCAGUCCGAGUAUGAUCCUGAGUUCUAUCACGGUGCGCCCGUCUCCCUGCAGCUCUACGGCAAGCGGCUCGAGGAAGAGAAGGUAGUCGAGAUGGUGGAAGUCGUUGCGGAUGUCCUCAAGUUCAAGCCAUAG